GAUCAUUCAUUUAUUGCACAGAAUAUUUCUUGAGCAUGUACUACAUAUUCCAGGCUCUGCUUUGAAGUCGGAAAAGGACCUGCUCUCUGAGAACUGACAUUCUAAUGAAUGGAGACAACCAGUAAAAAGCACAUUGCUGUUUCAGCUCUUGCCCCUCACUGCAAUACAACAAGAGAAGGAAAUGAAGGAGCCACUCCUGUAAUUUACCAGAUAAGCCCAGCAGGGUCAAUAGAGUUCCCAGUAGAAAGCUGCAGGCAUCUGAGGAUAAGCCACUUCGAGCAGCUUUGACCUGAAAGCCAACCUAGAAGACGGAUUCCAUUUACAAGAUGUUUUGGACACCUUCAAUAUUUACCUUCUCUUUCCUAGUCCAACCUGAUUCGUGAAAUGGACUGAAGCUAAAAAUUCACCUACUUCUUUGUCUGAAUUUGAGACACAAUUGGGAUGACCUUAAGUGCACGUGACUAGACUCCAACCGCAGCUAUGAGUUCAGAUGAGAAGGGCAUAUCUCCGGCUCAUAAAACAUCUACUCCAACCCAUAGAAGUGCCUCCUCUUCAACGUCCUCCCAAAGAGAGAGUAGACAGAGUUCCCACGUACUGGAGAGGACUGCUUCCUCCGGCACCGAGCCCUCCAUAAGUCGGCAAUUACUGGAACCGGAGCCAGUCCCCAUCUCCAAGGAAGCUGACAGCUGGGAAAUUAUAGAAGGGCUGAAAAUAGGCCAAACCAAUGUCCAGAGACCAGACAAACAUGAAGGCUUUAUGCUGAAGAAAAGAAAAUGGCCUUUAAAAGGCUGGCACAAGCGUUUUUUUGUCCUGGAUAAUGGAAUGUUAAAGUAUUCAAAGGCACCACUUGAUAUUCAAAAAGGGAAGGUCCACGGAAGCAUCGAUGUCGGACUCUCGGUCAUGUCUAUUAAAAAGAAAGCUCGGAGGAUAGACCUGGACACAGAAGAGCACAUCUAUCAUUUGAAGGUGAAAUCCCAGGACUGGUUUGAUGCAUGGGUCUCCAAACUGCGCCACCAUCGCCUGUACCGGCAGAAUGAGAUUGUGAGGUCACCAAGAGAUGCUAGUUUUCACAUAUUUCCUUCAACCUCCACAGCUGAAUCCUCACCAGCUGCUAAUGUUUCCGUCAUAGAUGGAAAGGUGCAACCAAACAGCUGUUCAUGGCAGUCCCCCUUGCCAUGCAGCAACAGCCUCCCUGUCACCUGCACCACCGGCCAGAGUAAAGUGGCAGCCUGGUUACAGGACUCGGAAGAAAUGGACAGGUGUGCAGAAGACCUUGCACACUGCCAGUCAAACCUUGUGGAACUUAGCAAACUCCUGCAAAAUUUGGAAAUACUUCAGAGAACUCAGUCAGCACCCAACUUUACUGACAUGCAGGCUAACUGUGUAGAUAUUUCAAAGAAAGACAAGCGGGUCACAAGAAGAUGGAGAACAAAAAGUGUCAGCAAAGAUACAAAAAUACAACUGCAGGAAGGGCCAUCUGUGAAGAGCCAGUUCGGCUCAACCCGGCGCCGGCAGAGGCUAGCAGCAGCCGUGGCUACAACAGUUCCUUUCAGUGCCACCAUGUCACCGGUUCGCUUGCACUCCUCCAACCCCAACCUUUGUGCAGACAUUGAAUUUCAGACUCCCCCUAGCCACCUCAGUGACCCUCUGGAAAGUUCAACAGAUUAUACAAAACUUCAAGAAGAAUUCUGUCUAAUUGCACAGAAAGUUCAUUCCCUUUUGAAGUCUGCAUUUAAUAGCAUAGCCAUAGAGAAGGAGAAGCUUAAGCAGAUGGUUUCUGAGCAGGAUCACAAUAAAGGCCACAGCACACAGAUGGCACGACUCCGACAGUCACUGUCUCAGAGUGAAGGAGCAAGCAAAUCCUGGGCACUCAACCAGAAUGCUGAACUAAGGAGUCGGUUGAGCAGAAUACACUCAGAAUCUAUUAUUUGUGAUCAGGUUGUCAGUGUAAAUAUUAUUCCUAGCCCUGAUGAGCCUGGCGAGCAAAUCCAUGUCAGUCUCCCUCUGUCACAGCAAGUAGCAAAUGAGAGCCGCCUCUCCAUGUCAGAAUCUGUCUCUGAGUUCUUUGAUGCCCAAGAGGUGCUCCUCUCUGCAAGCUCAUCAGAGAAUGAGGCUUCAGAUGAUGAGUCUUACAUCAGUGAUGUGAGUGAUAAUAUAUCGGAAGACAACACCAGUGUUGCAGACAACAUUUCUCGGCAAAUCUUGAAUGGGGAGCUUACAGGAGGGGCCUUCCGGAAUGGACGCCGAACGUGCCUGCCAGCUCCCUGUCCUGACACCAGUAACAUUAACCUGUGGAACAUCUUGAGGAACAACAUUGGUAAAGACCUAUCUAAAGUGUCUAUGCCUGUGGAGCUAAACGAACCGCUCAACACCCUGCAGCAUCUCUGCGAGGAGAUGGAGUACAGCGAGCUUCUGGACAAGGCUUCGGAAACUGACGACCCCUAUGAGCGCAUGGUUCUUAUUGCUGCAUUUGCAGUUUCAGGAUAUUGCUCUACCUAUUUCAGAGCAGGAAGUAAGCCAUUCAACCCUGUCCUUGGGGAGACUUAUGAAUGCAUUAGAGAGGACAAGGGAUUCCGCUUUUUCUCAGAACAGGUUAGCCAUCAUCCACCCAUUUCUGCCUGUCACUGUGAAUCCAAGAAUUUUGUGUUUUGGCAAGAUAUCAGGUGGAAGAACAAGUUCUGGGGGAAGUCGAUGGAAAUCCUGCCUGUGGGAACGCUGAAUGUCAUGCUUCCAAAGUAUGGAGAUUGCUAUGUGUGGAAUAAAGUCACCACGUGCAUACACAACAUUCUCAGUGGGAGGAGGUGGAUAGAGCAUUAUGGAGAAGUGACCAUCAGGAAUACCAAAAGCAGUGUUUGCAUUUGCAAACUCACAUUUGUCAAGGUGAAUUAUUGGAAUUCUAAUGUGAAUGAAGUCCAGGGGGUUGUGAUGGACCAGGAGGGGAAGGUGGUGCACCGGCUGUUUGGGAAAUGGCACGAGGGGCUCUACUGCGGCGUGGCCCCAUCUGCAAAGUGCGUCUGGAGACCAGGUUCCUUGCCAACCAACUAUGAGCUCUACUAUGGCUUCACAAGGUUUGCUAUUGAGCUCAACGAGUUAGAUCCUGUCCUGAAAGACCUCCUCCCACCAACAGACGCCCGGUUCCGGCCAGAUCAGAGAUUUUUGGAAGAAGGAAAUCUGGAAGCUGCAGCAGCCGAAAAGCAAAGGGUGGAGGAACUGCAGAGAUCGCGAAGGCGCUACAUGGAAGAAAACAACCUUGAACAUAUACCAAAAUUCUUUAAGAAAGUGGUUGAUGCCAAUCAAAGAGAAGCCUGGGUUUCUAACGACACCUACUGGGAGCUGCGAAAGGACCCUGGGUUUAGCAAAGUAGACAGCCCUGUUCUCUGGUAACCUGGGCAUGUAGAGCUAGCCAACAUAUCACGCUCUGAAUGAAUUACUAACUAUGCACAAUUAUGUUUCUUAGAGCUCCGCGUGGUUUCUGGGUCGACCGAACGCCGGCCAUUUGCUUUUCUAUUCAUCUUUAUAAUGGACUUUCAGAAGUGCAUUAGACAAGGCCCCUAACCACGUUUGGAUCCUUUCUGUUUUGCUGCAACCAUAUUCCUUAAAAAAUAAAAUAAAAAAAAAAAUCCACACCCUCCUCGGAAAGAAGAAUUAAAGGAGCAGAAUGUAAAAAUCCAAAGUCUGAUGAGUUUAUAAAGAAAAACACACUGUAACCGGUGCUUAAAGCCGAUCCGGAGAGUUUAAAGCAACGUGACAUAAACCACGCGUUUGGAAGCGCCAUCCCCUCAUCAGAGGAGCUCCUGGGCUCAGACUGGAGUGUGUCGUCCGAUGUGGUGUACCCGUGCUGGCCUUGUCCAUGAAGACGUGAUGCUUCUCAGAACCUGUCCCAUCUGUACGCCAUUGUUCAUGCCUUAAGAAAUGCAAAGAUGUACAAUAAAUCAUUUUUUUAACGUGUGCUCAUAGGUUUAUGUGGAGGACAGACCUUUUGAAUCAUGGCAUGAUUCACUUUCUGGGACCAGAACAAUUAUGAGUGUAACUUCAGUGGAUGAAAAAAAAAGUAAACAACAUGUGCUUUACUUUGAUGUGUCGGUUACUGUAUCGUAUGUCUGCAGGGCAAGAAGGAAACGGUGUGCCAGGUCGAUUUCUGUAGUCACAUUGCUUGUCAAGCUCCUGUCCUGCGUCCAGAUAAUAAACCAUCCCCCUUGUACCUAA